UCGGAAUCGUUACGGUGUCCGCCCCUGCCCGCACACAUCUUAAAAUGAUGGACAACAGCGACUCAGCCCCAGAUUCCUGGGAACAGGCAGAUAUAGACGUCCCGGAGGCCCAGCUGGACUCGUCCCUGGCCCGACUCAACGUCAACGCCAAGCCGUUCAUCCCCAACGUACACGCCGCAGAAUUCGUGCCUUCUUUCUUCAUGAAGAGCAGCGAGGCCGUCGACGGGCUACAGGAUGAGGGUAAGGACUGGAGCAUGAAAAGCCAAGCUCCUCAACUGCUUGCUAUGCCACACACAAUUCUGCACAAGAAACGUUGCAAUCUUCAGAAGGCGUUGGACACGUGCCUCGAUCGCCGCAAAGGACUCCGUAACCGUGGAGACCUCCGCGGACACCGCCUGAACCUCCUGGCGGACUUUAUGCAGGACACGCCCCCUCCCGUCUGGCUUCUUUCGAGUCAGUGUACGGUGGACUCGAUCCAUUUCCAAGCUUUCAAACGGGAGUUCGACGCCAGUUCUUGGGAAAAAGUGAUAGAGCAGUGGGACACAGGUUCCAAUGUUCUAGGCAUGGAGAUUCCUGAACCUGUUGAAAAUGGAGAGACUGAAAUGUCUCCUGAAGAAUCUUGGGACCACAAAGAUGAACCAAAUGAAGCAGAACCAGGAGGUGGCUUCUUAGGAGAUGGAGGGUCCACUGAAGAGGUGGCUCAGGAAAUCGAAGAGGAAGAGGAGAUCACAAAACCCAAAACUGUUGUUGCACCUCCAGACGCCCCCAAAAAAGAACAUGUUAAUGUGGUUUUCAUUGGACAUGUUGGUACGCCUAGAAAACGGCUUUCAGAAUCUCUCCUGAUGCUCUUCAAAGCUGUUGGCUUUAUCGUGGAUGCUUCUGCCGAUUCCUUCAGGAUGUUGAUUCUAGGGGAAGCUCUGGCUCCAUUAAGUCUGCGGGGAGUCAACAUUAUUUCAUGCUUGGACGACAUUCUUCUGUCGGACAAUUCGGUAGCCCAAUGCGUGAAGGACCUGGAGACCACCCAAGAAUGGUUGCAGGGUCUUGCCAUUGGUGGACAAAUAAUGUUUUUAACUGGUAUGGUUGACAAACGGACACUUGAGAAAUAUGAAAGGGAAGCAAAAGAGAAAAACCGAGAAACCUGGUACCUGUCAUGGGCUUUAGACACAAACCAGGAAGAACGAGACAAAGGUAAAACUGUAGAGGUUGGCCGUGCCUACUUUGAAACGGAGAAGAAACACUUUACUAUACUUGAUGCUCCUGGACAUAAAAGCUUUGUUCCAAAUAUGAUUGGGGGUGCAUCACAGGCAGACUUAGCUGUACUGGUAAUUUCUGCACGGAAAGGUGAAUUUGAGACUGGCUUUGAAAAAGGAGGUCAGACCAGAGAGCAUGCUAUGUUGGCAAAAACAGCUGGUGUAAAACAUUUAAUAGUUCUUGUUAACAAGAUGGAUGAUCCGACAGUGAACUGGAGCAUCGACAGAUAUGAAGAAUGUAAAGAAAAGCUUGUGCCCUUCUUGAAGAAAGUUGGUUUCAAUCCGAAAAAAGAUAUUCACUUUAUGCCAUGUUCAGGGCUCACUGGCGCCAAUUUGAAAGAUCCAGUAGAUUGCUGUCCUUGGUAUACUGGGUUACCGUUUAUCCCAUAUCUCGAUAACUUGCCAAGCUUCAACAGAUCAAUGGAUGGACCUGUCAGACUUCCAAUUGUGGAUAAAUACAAAGAUAUGGGCACAGUAGUUCUAGGAAAAUUAGAAUCUGGGUCCAUAUGCAAAGGACAGCAGCUUGCCAUGAUGCCAAACAAGCAUACUGUUGAAGUCCUUGGCCUUCUGUCUGAUGAAGUAGAAACAGAGCUUGUUGCUCCUGGGGAAAAUCUGAAGAUCAGGCUCAAAGGCAUUGAGGAGGAGGAAAUUCUACCAGGAUUUAUACUCUGCGAUCCGAACAACCUUUGUCAUUCUGGACGCACAUUUGAUGCCCAGAUUGUGAUAAUUGAGCACAAAUCAAUUAUCUGUCCUGGAUACAAUGCCGUGCUACAUAUUCACACAUGUAUUGAAGAAGUUGAGAUAACAGCCUUAAUUUGCUUGGUAGACAAAAAAACAGGAGAAAAGAGUAAGACACGGCCCCGUUUUGUAAAACAAGACCAAGUAUGCAUUGCCCGCUUACGGACAGCAGGCACUAUCUGCCUUGAAACAUUCAAAGAUUUCCCUCAGAUGGGUCGAUUCACCUUGCGAGAUGAAGGAAAGACUAUUGCCAUUGGAAAGGUCUUGAAACUGGUUCCUGAAAAGGAUUAAGCCGCCUUCUUGUUCUGCACAAUACUGUGAGGAAAAAUUGACUCUACCGAAGCCUACUUCACUUCGCCUUCUUACUUUCUGCUCAUUGACAAACUCUCUUACCAUUGACGAACUCUAUCCCCAGUUAGAAAUUUACACAGCAGAAAAAGGUCCACAUUGUCAGCUUUCUCAUAUUGAGAGCUCUCCUAUGCCAGUGCUGAAUUAUUUCCCACAACGUUUUUCUUUUGAACACAUUCAAUUUGUGUCCGCUGAGAAAUUUGGCAAUAGCUUUUGUAAGUGAUGUGGACAAAUUUGCCUACAGUAAUGAAAGCUAAAAAAAAUUUCUUAUUAUCAAUACUUGCAACGUGGCCCUUUUUUGUGUCCGUUCUUAAGCAUCCUAAUUCUAAAUUGACCAUUGAGAAUGCAAAUGUGUUAACACAUUACAAGAGAAACUACCGGAUUAAUAAAAUAUCAAUUUGAAAUCCUUUUUUCUGGUAUUGGAGUUGCUUUUGAAUGCUUUUUUUAACCUGAAUGUAACAUUGCUGCAUUAACCUUU